CUGUUUCUUGAAGCCUUACAAACUUCGCAGGAAAGGAUAUUCAUCUCUGGCGGACAACUUUGUGGAUCAUAAUGAGAAGGAUGAAGAGGAAUUGAAGACUGAGGGGAGCAUUGAUCAGGAGAUGGGCAGCUCAGUAAGCAGCCAGCUGGAUGCAGAUGGAGGUGGCCAAGACUUGGAUGAGCCCCAGUCUGUGGACUCUGCCCCGAGCGUCACCCCACUUCAGUGUCCACAGCCUCGGGUCACAGAGGUCGUGUCUCUGAGUUGUCCGCAUCAUCGCGAUGAAAACAAUCAACCUGAUAAAACGGCACCCAAACACGACGUCCUCAACCAGUUUGCUGAGGUCAUGCUGGCUGACAUGCGGCAGGUUGAAGACCCUGUGCUGCUUAUGAGGCUCCGCAGAGACAUCACAGACCUGGUGCUCAAAGCGGUGGAGGAGGACAUGCGGAGGCGGUGUGUUCGAGCGGCAUCCUCAGUGACGGGGAAUGGCACGCAAAGCUGCUGCAAUCCUCUGCAGCUGUAUUCAAACAUCUCCUGGAGCCAGAGGCUUCUGAGGAGGAGGAGGAACAAAGGGCAUAGGACUGGAAGCAGGUCGCAGAGGCGCGAGGAGAAUAGGAGGGUGUCCAGGAGUCAGUUAGCACCACCUGUCGAUCCAGGGCAGUCAGCAGAGGGGUUGAGCGGGAACGGGCCUCAGGUUAUUCUUCAGGUGUUUGAGAUUAAAAAAGAUGGGGAGCCAGAUUUAGUAAAGAUUGAAGAUGAGCCUUUAGCCCUGGACUGACUUGAGAGUCUGUCAGGGCAAGGUGAGCAGGGUUUGGAGGGAUGGAAGAGAAGGCUGUCAUUUUCUUUCUAGUUUUUCUUUUAUUUUUGGAUCUUUCACCUCAGGGCCAUCAUAGCUAGAAUUUAAACUAAAGACACAUCUCUGCCUUUGCAAAGUAAAUGUUUAUAAGCCUGUAGUUGAACUUUUGGAUGGUCUUCAUUCAGAAAACUGAAUAAGAUGAGGAAAUUAGCUUUAAGCACAAGGCAGCUCUUUGUUACCCAGCUAAAAGAAGAAAAAAAACUUGUUUGGAUUUUCUGUUGUGAAUAAAGAAACUCUUGUUUUCAGCCUUGUUGGCCCUUUUCUUUAUGAAUUAGUGACCUGUCCUGCUCUAAACAUAGCUGUGAUGGAUUUAUGAGGAAAUAUUUGCAGUU